GGCUACGAGGAGGAGUGCGCCAAGACGACACCCACGCAGUACUUCUGGUACCGCCAGACCCUCAACAUCUCCCCGGCCCUGGAAGCCAGCGGCAGCGUGCAGUGGGAGCAGGCGCUGUGCCUGACGCUGGCCUGGCUCGUGGUCUACCUCUGCAUCCUUCGUGGCACCCAGAGCACUGGCAAGGUGGUCUAUGUGACGGCCUCCUUGCCGUACUGCGUCCUCAUCAUCUACCUCAUCAGAGGACUCACGCUCCACGGAGCUGUGAAUGGGCUCACCUACAUGUUCACACCAAAGCUGGAGCAGCUGUUGAACCCCAAGACAUGGAUCAGCGCAGCCACGCAGAUCUUCUUCUCGCUGGGGCUGGGCUUCGGCAGCCUCAUCGCCUUCGCCAGCUACAACGAGCCCAACAACAACUGCGAGCGGCACGCCGUCAUUGUCUCGCUCAUCAACAGCGCCACGUCCAUCUUCGCCAGCAUCGUCACCUUCUCCAUCUACGGCUUCAAGGCCACCUUUAACUACGAGAACUGCGUCAACGGGGUGAUCCUGCUGCUGAUGAACACUUUCGACCUGGAGGAAGGCUCUUUGACAGCAGAGAACCUCACUGAGAUGAAGGACUACCUCAUGGCCACCCGCCCGCAGGAAUACACACAAUUAUCACCGCAGCUCAAAAACUGCAGCCUGGAAGCUGAGCUGGACACGGCUGUCCAGGGAACAGGACUGGCGUUCAUCGUCUAUUCCGAAGCCAUCAAAAACAUGGAGGUGCCACAGCUGUACUCCGUGCUCUACUUCUUCAUGCUGCUGAUGCUGGGCAUCGGCAGCAUGCUGGGGAACACCGCCGCCAUCCUCACGCCGCUGACCGACAGCAGGUUCCUCGCCGCCCGCUUCCCCAAGGAGGUGAUCUCGGGUGCUGUGUGCUUCGUUAACUGUGUGAUUGGCCUCAUCUUCACCAUCGAGGCUGGAAGUUACUGGUUUGACAUCUUCAACGACUACGCAGCCACCCUCUCGCUGCUGCUCAUUGUGCUGGUGGAAACCAUCGCCGUGUGCUACAUCUACGGGAUCAGAAGAUUUGAGAAAGAUCUUCACACCAUGAUUGGACACAAGCUGAACUGGUAUUGGAAAAUUAUGUGGGCUGUUGUGAGCCCUUUGCUGAUUGUAAGCCUAUUUAUAUUCUACCUCACUGACUACAUCCUCACAGGAACACUGCAGUACCAAGCAUGGGAUGCCACACAGGGGCAGCUGGUGACCAAGGAUUACCCGAGCCAGGCGCUGGCAGUGAUCGGGUUGCUGGUGGUGGCAUCCACCAUGUGCAUACCCCUGGGGGCACUACUAACUUUUAUGCAGAAGAGACUGAAGAGGGAAAACGUUUCGACCGUUGCAUGA